CGUACAGUCUUCUCACUCAGGAGCAUUUGCAAGAGAACCACCUUAAGAAUGGUGUUACUAAGACUAACGGUUUUAACGACGCUUUUGGCAAGCGCGCUGGGUUACACCGCCCAGACUUGCCCCUCUAACAUCCCCGAGAGCCAAAGGCGCGACUGCCAUCCGGAACACGGGUCCACCGAAUCUUCGUGCGCGGCGAAGGGAUGCAUGUGGUGCGAGGCGUCCUACCAGGGCCCUCCCUGGUGCUUCUACGACGAGUCCUUCGCCGCCAACACCCCCGCGCCGGGCUCGUGCGACAACAGCCUCUGCCCGUCCUGCAUCCCGGAGUACCAACGGCAGGACUGCCACCCGGAGCACGGAUCCACCGAGGGAAGCUGCGCGGCGCGCGGCUGCGUCUGGUGCCCGGCCAGUACACCGGGGACUCCCUGGUGCUUCUUCGACUCCAACGUGGUCGUACCCGGAGGUGGCAACAACAACGGCGGCGGUGGGCAGCACACGCACGGGGUCUACACCUGCUCGGCUGUGAACAGUGUUAUCCCGGAGUCCCAGCGGGUCGACUGCCACCCCGAGCACGGUUCUAACCAGCACUCGUGUGAGCAGAAGGGCUGCUUCUGGUGCCCGGCGUCCUACGACGGACCGCCCUGGUGCUUCUAUAACCAGACUGGCGGGCCGGAUACAGGCGGCCUUGCAGGCAACAACGGCGUCUGCCCCACCGACAUCACGGAGGAGAACCGGAUCGACUGUUACCCGGGCGGCGGCGCGACGCAGGGAAACUGCGAGGCUCUGGGCUGCAUCUGGUGCGAGAGCUCCGUGCCCAACACGCCCUGGUGCUUCUAUAACGGAACGUUUGAUGACGUCGGCGGCGAGGAGACGUACAGGGUGGACUGUUCUCCCGAAGGGCUGAACCCGAUCAAGUGCGCGGACCGCGGGUGCGUGAUGGGCGCCGCCAGCCUGCCCGGCGUGCCGAGGUGCUACUUCCCGCCGGACCGCGGGUACCAGGCGGUGGGUGCGCCGCAGGACCUCCCCAACGGCCUGCUCUUCAGCCUGAAGCGGGUAGGAGGGAAUGCCAUGUUCGGCGGAGAGGUGGAUCCGCUGGCCUUCUUGGUCGAGUACCAGUCAGACUCUAGGAUUCACUUCAAGUUCUAUGACCCUAACGACAACCGUUUUGAGGUCCCCCUGGACAUCGGCACCCCCGCCAAGCCGCUGAACAAAGCUCUGUACAACUUCACCUGGACUAACGACCCCACCUUUACCUUCAACAUCACCCGUACGGACACAGGCGCCACCCUAUUCGACACGUCUAUGGGCGGGCUGGUGAUGGAGGACCAGUUUCUGCAGAUCGCCACCAAGCUUCCGUCCGCGAAGGUGUACGGAUUUGGCGAGCACGAGCACAAGUCCUACCAGCACGACAUGAGCUACCAGACGUGGGGCAUGUACUCACGGGACCAGCCACCAGCGUAUAAGGGGAACCUGUACGGCGUCCAUCCGUUCUACAUGAAUGUAGAGGACGACGAUAACGCACAUGGAGUCCUCAUUCUCAACAGCGCUGCACAAGACGUGACCUUGACCCCUGCGCCUGCGCUGAUCUACAGAACCAUCGGCGGUGUCCUGGACUUAUACAUGUUCCUGGGCCCAACACCAGAGAACGUCGUGCAGCAGUACACAGAGGCGAUCGGCCGGCCGUUCAUGCCGCCAUAUUGGUCGCUGGGCUUCCAGCUGUCCCGGUACGGAUACAACAGUCUCGCCACUGUCAGCGACACGAUCGACAGGAUCCGGGCUUACGACAUCCCUCAUGACGUCCAGUUUGGUGACAUCGACUACAUGGACGAACAGAUGGACUUCACCUAUGACCCCGUGACGUAUGCCGGUUACCCUGACUACAUCCGGAGGCUGAGGAACGAUCACGGCAUGCACUUCGUCACCAUCCUAGACCCGUGCAUAACGACGGAGAGGUCGAACUACCGUCCGUACGACCUCGGCCAGCAGAUGGGCAUCUGGAUCAACGAAUCCGACGGGCGAACGCCGGCACUGGGCAAGGUUUGGCCUCCGGGCGCGUCUGUGUUUCCAGACUACACCAGUCCGUACUGCCAUGACUACUGGAUCACGCUCUGUAAGGAGUUCUUCAGUGUCCUUCCGUACGACGGACUGUGGAUCGACAUGAACGAGCCAGCCAACUUCGGGACGGGUUCGAUAGUGGGCUGUGACCAGAACAACAUCAACCAGCCUCCCUUCUUACCGAAGAUCUGGGGAGACCUGGCGGAUAAGACUCUGUGUCCGGACUUCAAGACGUACAUCGGGAACAUGUACGACACACACAGUCUGUUCGGCUGGGCGCAGUCACCGCCUACUUUCCAGGCUGUCCAGGAGGCGUCCGGUAAGCGCGCGUUCGUGGUGUCCCGGUCCACGUUCCCGGGCUCCGGCAAGUACGCCGCCCACUGGCUGGGAGACAACUACAGUCAGUGGUCCAACCUCAAGAACUCCAUCGUCGGAAUGCUGGAAUUCAGUCUCUUCGGAAUCCCAUACAGCGGUGCUGACAUCUGUGGGUUUAACGGAGACGCGAACUACGAGCAGUGUAACCGCUGGAUGCAGCUCGGAGCCUUCUAUCCAUUCGCCAGGAACCACAAUGGCCUGGGAUACAGGGAACAAGACCCGGGUGCGUGGGACGCGGAGUUUGCCCGGAUCAGCCGGGAGGUCCUGCUGGUGCGGUACACCCUCAACCCGUACCUGUACCUGCUGUUCCACCAGGCGCACACGGAGGGAUCCACGGUAGUCAGGCCGCUGCUGCACGAGUUCGUGAACGACAAAGAGACCCACACCAUCGACAGACAGUUCCUGUGGGGCCCUGCACUGCUGUUCUCUCCUGUUCUCGACGAGGGGAUGACGUCGGUUGAUGCCUACUUUCCGAAAGCCCGCUGGUACGACUACUACACGGGUGCAGAGAUCUCGCCCUCCCAGCAGAUGACGUACGUGACGCUGAACGCGCCGAGUGACUACAUCCCCAUCCACGUGCGCGGCGGUUACGUCAUCCCCACCCAGGAACCGGCUAGGACGACAACCGUCAGCCGGACACUGCCCAUGGGUCUGAUCAUCGCCCUGGGGGAUGCCCAGAGUCACAUGGCCCGAGGGACCUUAUUCUGGGACGACGGAGACUCCAUAGACACAUAUGCCAAUGGCAACUACUUCCAAAUGGAGUUCGUUGCUGAUGAAAAUGGUCUACAGACCCUCGUACAUAGCGACGGGUACCGAGGCAUUGACUCGUUAACGUUCGGCACCAUUCGGGUGUUCGGGCUCAGCUCGGUAUCUUCCAUUAUGAUCAACGGGUUCCCGCACAGCAGCUUCACGUUUGACCCAACGACAAAGGAGCUCCAGAUAACCAGCAUCAAUGUUGGCGUGAAGGAUCUACAAAGUAUCGCCUGGGCGUAAUGACGCUAGUCCAUCUUCUUAGUCACCACACUUAGAUUAAUAAAUGCUAGUUGCAGAUCAUGGCUGUGUUAUUUACAUGG